AUGGAAGAAACGCAGCAGGAGCUCCAGUCUGAGAGUCGAGCCAAAGCUUCCGCUUUAGCCUCUAAAAAGAAAUUGGAGAUUGAAUCGCAAGAAUUUAAUUUGUGCAAAGAAAUGCAAAAAGAUUUGGAAAAUGCCAAGAGUAACGAAAGUUCUUUGAAUGAAUCAUGCAGUCAACUUCAAUCAAAACUGAACUCUGCGUUACAAUCAGUUGCAGAAAUGACCUCGCGGGUCACUAAUUUGGAGCAAAGUGAGAAAAACAUGUCCUCUGAAAAAGACGAAAUAAAUCAAGAACUUGAAACCCUACAAGGAAAAUUAUCCCAAACCCAAUCUGAGAUCUCUCAACUGAAAAGAAUCAAUCACAACCUAGCAGAAGAAUUGGACGAAGAAAAAGUUAAUCACGAAGAAUUAGAAGACGAAUUGCGUAAAUCAAAUAUUCUUAAAGACCAGUACAGUAACCAAAUCUCCGCGGAGAAAGCAAAUUGUGAAAAAUACAAGACACAAAAUUCGGAUAACGAAAAGAAAAAUAAAGAAUUGACUGAACAACUCAUGUCCAUUCAAGAAGAACUGACAAAAGUCAAGGGUUACAAAGAUUCUUUGGAGUCUAAAAUGCGAAAAAUGGCAUCAAUGGAGACUGAACUUGAACAGGAAAUAAGCUUCAGAGGAAAAUCGGAUUGGAAUAUCUUCCUUGAGAGGAGCUUUCUCAAGACGGAGUCGAAGGCUUUAUGGAUGUCGACGGAGCAGAGCACGGUCUUUUGGUGCCUCGGUUUGCUGGCAAAACCGGUACAGAUGAAGUUUGACAAGGAUUGA